UAAUUAUUAUUAAAUAUUUUACAGCCGAUUUCAAGCAUAGCUGCAAACAAACAUUGGAUUAUUUAAAUAGAUAUAUAAUUAGUGCAUACAUGCAGGUAAUAAUCGGAUUAUCAACAUAACCUAUAUCAUGGAUGUAUUACCCUGUGGAAAUAUAUUUGUAGAACUGCAAAUUAUACAUGAUACUGGGUAUUUCUCGUCUAAGCCAAGUCUUGAAGAGAAUUGGCAACAGACGUGUUUUGAGAUGGAAAAAUAUCUCCAAUCAGAGCCAAAGACAUAUCAAAGUCCACCUACUCCACCAACGGAUGUUACAAUGAAUCCAUGGACAAAAUUUACGGUGCCUUUUUACGCCAGAGGAGGUCCCGGACUUUCUGUAGAAGAAAUAAAAAAAUUAGACCGAAAUAAAAAAUGUUGUAAUUUGAAACGAAGUGCGUCGUCAGGUGUAGGUUCAAUGUCAUCUUUAUCAUCCGGUGAAUUAAGCCCUCCACCGCCUCAUAAAUUUGUGCAAGAUCCUCUCAAUGCACUUAAAGUAUUGAAAGCUAAUGGAACCAUUUCAUUAACUUUAACACCGCCUUCAAGUCCAGAAGGCAGUACAGGAAUGGGUGGACUUUCCCCUCCCGCUUAUUUGAAUGUAGAAAAUUUGAACGGCCAGUUUCACACAAAAGCAUUGGCCAUACCAGGAAUCAGCAUAAGCGCAUUAAAGGGCCAAGUUGCCCGAGUAAAGAACGGGGCCUUCACCGCGACGCCUAUUGGGAGCAUCACAGCACAUAGUUGCAAUGCAAAUGCCUCCCAAGUCCAGCGUAGUCGUUCAGCUCUCAAAACUGUAUCUGGAGUGAACUCAACAAAUAUAAGAAUGAAAAAUAUUUCGGGAAGUGACGAGGAUGACACAAAGAAACGCAUACACAGAUGUAAUUAUACAAACUGUAGAAAGGUGUACACCAAAAGCUCACACCUAAAAGCACACCAGAGGACUCAUACAGGUGAAAAGCCAUACAAAUGUACGUGGGACGGAUGCGAAUGGAGAUUUGCUAGGAGUGAUGAACUCACUCGACAUUAUAGAAAACAUACCGGGGCCAAACCAUUUAAAUGUAGUCAAUGCGACAGAUGCUUUUCCCGUUCCGACCAUCUUGCUCUACAUAUGAAGAGACAUGCUUGACGGAGAUAGAAGCCUCAAGCCAAACGAGAGAAUUUCUCGCAAAUUUUUUAAAUUCGUGGCUAGCUAGUCGAGGGAUGCCAGAUUUAGGAAAUUAUAACGCUGUUCCUCACUUGAUUCCGUUUUUUGAAGAAUGUUAACAUCUAUUUUUUGUAACAUAAACUUGUACUACAUCAUGAAAAUAGCAUAAUAAAAAGAAAUAUAUAUAUGAGCUAUCGCACUGCAGUGCUAAUAGGUUGUACCUGAUUUACCUUCAAGGCAUGGUUUUUUACACAACCAUAUUUCUAGCCUUCGAACUCUUAGCACUGCAGUGAAUUUUGUUGCAACUAACUAUAAUGAUAUACUGUAAGUUACUAACAUAUUUUUGCGGAUGAUUUUGCUCAAUCGAGUUUUGCAGCCACCACAAAUAGGAGCAUAGACGCUAUUGCUGCUCAUGUCGCAUUUAGUGGCCGCAGCAUUCGAAAAUACCUUUUUUACCCAGAAAGAAAAUUUAUAUAUAUUUUCGCACUGUGCCUACGCCACUAGUGAACAUGAAAAAAAGAAAAUUUAUGCCAGAAUUUAUUUUUCUGUUUUAUUCGUUUCUGCCCAUAAAUUGUUCGAUGUUGAAUGCCAACUGCCAUUCUUUAGAAUCAAGCAUCUCAUCAAUUAAAUUAAAUUUUAAAUACAUGUAUGUGAAACAUAACAUUAUUUACAUAUUUCAUGUUCCCAAAUGAGAAAACCUAUAAUUAGGUUUAUAAGAAAAAUUUAUCAUUGUUUAAUUAAUAGGAGAUAUUAAAAUGGCGAAUAUUUUUCAAUUCCCUAAUUAUGUUUAAAAUAUCAGCUAACAAAUUAUAAAUUUAAAUCGUCAAAAUACGCGACAGUCUCAAACUGCUGUAUUUUGAUAUAAUUUGUCAUGUUUGGAUUCUUAUUUGUUUGAUUCUUUAUUUACCAAUUACACCUAAUCCCACUGCAAUCAGAUGUAAUGAAAUAUGAGGUUGUUGUCAAUUUUCUUGUACAAGUCUGUCUGGAGGUCGGAAAACGACUAAAAAGACAGCUUGAUGAUUUGAAUAUAAAUAAAUUUGCUUUGGACAAAAAUGAUUAUUCUUGAUUUUUCUUUUCGAUUUUUAUGCUCAAACUCGAAUUUAUCACACCGAUUUCUUUAUUUUUGUACCUUUAUUUUUUUUUUCAUUCGUAUUUUGCAUUUAUUAUAGUUACCGUCUUUUCUCCUUUUUUGUGUAUUUUUGUCACAGUUGGAUUUGAUGACCAUGAAUAAAAAUUUAAAUAAAAAAUAAUCAUUAAAUAAAUAGAAUUUUUAUUCUCGAAUUGCUUUAGCAAAACAAAAAUACCGCUACCGAAUUUGGAUUCAAGGCGGUGUAAUUUUUUCAGCUGAACUCAGUCUUUCAGUUCGACUCUGACGACAAGUCCUUGCUGCCGUUUUUUUGUGAAUGAAUAAUGAUUUAUUUAAGUUCCCUUUAUUACGUGAUAAUUAUGAUUGCUUAUUAAACACAUAUACAAUACUAAUCAGUAAAAAUGUUAAUAUUGUCUCAAAAUUAUUUACGAACUAAUGUUUUAAAUAUUUUUGAGACUUGAUGAUAUAUUGGAAUUAUAUACGGGUAGACAUUGUUAAAAUACCUCAUUUUACUACUGGUGAAAAAGCCAAUUUCAAAAAAUGUAAUUCUCAGAUUAAUUGAAUAUUUUGGGUAAAAAUUGGGUCUGAAAGUUGAGGAUUUUUUGAAACACAAUAUUGUCUAUGCAUAUUGACACUGUUAAAAUUUGCCCCUGUUUUCUUUUAAACAAGUCCAUAUUUUUUGUUUCGGUCAAAUGAUUUUGAUGACAUCACUAUUAUGAUCUCAUUUUGAUGACUUCACAGAAUCUACAACUCCCGCCUAAAAUUUUAACACCUAUUGAUGGGUGCUUUCCCACCUAAAGCACCAUAUUACUUAAAAUUAUAUAUACCACAUUGUUCCAUUUAAUCCUGUUGUUACGUCACCUAUUUAAUGACGUCAUAUUAUUAGUUGACAACGAUUAACAACAUAUUUGACUAACUGUGAAGCGACCGCUCCGCGCUCGAAGAUAAUUUUUCCCAAUAAAUUUUCUCAAUAUUUACAAUGGUUUGUGUGGCCUAGCCUUGGCGACUGCUGAAUAGCGUUUACACAAGUUCAUUUUAGCAGCCGGCUGCGCGUGGCCACUGAUUUGAUGGGGAAAAUGCCAUUUUUUAUUUUGCUUAUGCACAUGUGUAAUAUGAUUUUUUGUUAUAACCACGAAAACCAAUCAUUAAAAGGUGUGAAAUUCGAA